UCAUGGCGGACGCUGGCUUUUACAGAGGGACAAGCGCCGAGCAAGACAACCGUUUCUUCAACAAGGAGAAGCGACUCAUGCAGUCGAUGCACUUCUCGAGCAACCUGGAGAAACGAGUCGAGAUAAGCAAGGUCAACCUGGACGUCAUCAAACCGUGGAUAACGAGGAAAGUUAUCGCCUUGCUGGGAGUCGAGGACGAGGUGCUUAUCGACUUCAUCUUUAACCUCUUGGAGUCUCAGAGCGCACCCGAUCCGAAAACGAUGCAAAUGAAUUUGACUGGAUUUUUACACGGUAAGAAGGCGCGUGAAUUCAUGAAAGAGUUGUGGGACUUGCUGCUCAGCGCUCAGGAAAACAUCGGCGGCAUACCGGCGGUAUUUUUGGAGCAGAAGAAGGAGGAAAUACGUCAGAAGAAGAUGGAACAGGAGAGGAUUCAGGCCGGACUGAAGAGGGAGACGGGAGAGGAGGAGAGCAAGUCGGGUAACGAGCGCCCUGAACGGGGCCCCAGCGAGGAGCGCCAGCAGUCGCAGGAAAAGGAACGAGAUCAUGGAAAGCGUAAGAGCCGCAGUCGUUCUGGUAGUCGCGUCAACGAACGUCGCAAGAAACGGGAAAGUUCUUCCGCUUCACCACGUGCACGUUCGCGUCGCCACGCCCACUCUGGGCGGAGCUCGAUAUCUCCCAAUGCUCAUCGUCCUCGGCCCUACUUUCGUCGCCGAUCGUCGCCUCGUCAUCGUCGGUCACGUUCUCGCUCGCCUCAGUACAGACGCAGACGUUCACUGUCGCCUUCCCCACGAUACAAAAGAAGACCCAGGAGUCCUGUAGAGAAAAGACGAUUUAGAUCACGAUCCGGAUCACCUCGAAGACGGCCUGCUGCCCGUAAAGUAUCACCUUCACCAGUGAGAGGGAGACCAGAUCGGAGAUCAGAUCGUCAACGAUCAAAGAGUUCGUCUAGUUCGAGUAGUUCUAAGUCGUCUCAUUCAAGAUCGGGAUCGAGGAAGAGAAGCUCAAGCAGUUCGUCAUCAUCGUCAUCGGGAUCUUCAAAGAGUUCGGGAUCGGUGCCUCCACAUUCUGCCAAACAGAAGAGUGAGGUGGUGAAAUCUGUAGUGGGAAAGACUCCAGAAAGUGGUGGAAGUUCUGCAAAUGAAGGUACCGCAUUGAAUGACGUACAGGCAGAUGCUGGAGAUGACGCCAACAAGACCAAGAAAUCUCGCUCUCCGUCUAGUUCUCCUGACAGAAAAUUAAAAAAUGGUCAAGAGCACAGAAUAGAUUCACCAAAACGAUCUAGCAGAGAAGGAAGAGUGUAUCGUAGAAAUGAUCGAUCACCAGCAUUGAAGGAAAAAAGUAUAAGGACGCCAUCACCAGGAAGACGCAGAAGUGACAGAUCACCACGGAGAUCGAUAUCUCCAGGAAGACGCAAGAGCGGCAGAUCACCGCGGAGGUCACCAUCGCCGGCAAGACGCAAGAGUGAUAGAUCACCCCGGAGGUCAUUGUCACCAGCAAGACGCAGAAGUUGGAGGUCACCGUCCCCAGCAAGACGCAGGAGUGGCAGAUCACCGCGGAGUUCACAAUCACCAAGAAGGCGCAAGAGUGGGAGAUCACCGCGGAGGUCGCCGUCACCGGGAAGACGCAAAAAUGAGAGAUCACCGCGGAGGAUUAGGAGAGAUUCAUGGUCUCCACAGAGACGAGAUGAGAGAUCAAGGAGAGGAGCUAGAAUGUAUUCUCGGUCUCCAGAAAGACGAAGAAACGACAGGUCGCCGCGACGUCCACGACGGUAUUCUCGUUCACCGGACAGAGCAAGAGACAGACGUCGUGAUCAUUGGUCGCCUAGGAGGUUAAAGAGACGGUCGCCGUCACCGGUCAGGCGCAGAUUUGACAGAUCACCGAAGAGAGGUCGAGCUCGAUCUUCAUCGAGCGAAGAAACGUCACCCAGUAAACCAGUUAGACGAUCGAGAUCACUGGACAGACGUGCAGAUGUGAUCAAGAAGUCGAUCAGUAGACGCUCGCGCUCACCGCGUAAUCCUAAGAGCAGCCGGUCACCGAGAAGAGAAAGGGACCUAUCUGUUUCAUCCGACGAUGUUUCGCCUAGAAAACGAACGGAGCUGUCGACGUCAUCGGGCAAACGCAAGGACACUUCGAAAACGACGAGUGGUAGGAUGUCGCCUUCGAACAGGCGCAGGAGAAGUCGAUCACCGAAGAAGCCGAGAACACCGUCUUCAUCCGACGAGGACUCACCGGUCAGAAAGAUGACCGCUCGAUCUCCUUCUCCCGAGAAGCACACAGACUCUGCCAAGACAUCGAAAGAACGUCAGCGGUCAUCCUCACCAGACAAAAGUAGAGAGAAAGAUUCGGAUGGAAAGAAAAAGGAAUCUUCGUCUUCAUCUGAUGAUGAAAUAGCAUUAAAGAAGACUGAAAAACGAAAGCAAAGUCGAUCGCCUGUCAGACCGAUGGUCGCUCCCAGCAAAUCUCUUGCAAAAAGACGGUCGGCAUCACCGGACAACAAGUUAGCAGCGAAAGCUGUCAAACACAGUAACUCAUCUUCUAACGACGAAGAGUCGUCGAUCGAAAAGAAAGACGCGUCACCUUCUUCACCGGUAAACAAGCGUGUCUUGAAAGAUGCAUCACAGUCUCCAACACCUGCUGCAGCAGAGUCAAGCCCGUCACCACCACCACCAUCAAAGAAACCAAGUUCUAAACAGGAAAAGGAGGCGUCAACGAAGCGUUCAAGACGGAGUUCUACCAGUGGCAGCAGCAGUUCUUCCACCUCGCGGUCACCAUCUCCACCUCCAAAGCGUGUGAAGAAAUCCAGUCUAGAGCCGGCGAAAAAGCACAAACGGACCAAAGACCGAGAGAAACGCAAAAAGAAAGAGAAGAAGCGCAAACACCACGGCAAGCACAAGCACCACAAGCGAAAGAAGAAGACGAAAGACGACACCAGUCAAAUUGCAGUACCUGGCGAGGACAUGGAACUGAAAUUGAGACAGCGUGCGCUGGAAUCGAUGCAAAAGAGAGAUUCGGGGAAAGAUUGAGUAGUGUAGUAGACUGUGGUGUGCAGUAGUAGUUGACCUUUUUUUUAAAAAUUGUCUGAACCAACUGCCAUCGGUGUAUACUAUACAAGCAAGCAGUUGGCCCGCAAUGAACAGUAAACGGCUUAGUGAAGUCUACUUGAAGUUGAGUACAAUUUUGCAAUAUAAUUGAUGCUGGUGUAACUUGA